AUGAACGGCCAAGAAUACGUCUACAAAGAACCAAAGAUCACUAGACUUGUAGAAAUCAAGGAUCGUCUACGUACACUCUUUGCCAAAAAGUUUGUACUUGCUGAAACUGCCAUACAAAUCAUUGAAGGAUCGAGUGUCGUCGAUCUCUCCAAACUCGACGAGAAUCAAUGCUACCUCCAAAUCACAUCGGUCACUCCAUAUUUCACGGCUGAAGAGAGCAAGUCAAGACGUACACCAUUUGAAGCUUGUGUCAAUCUUGCACGUUUCAUGUUUGAGACACCAUUCACUAUUAGUGGUGCAGGUCAAGGAAACUCGGUAGCCGACCAAUACAAACGCAAGACUAUCCUCACUGUUGCCAAACACUUCCCAUACACCAAAAAGAGAAUUAUCGUCACUGCCAAACAAGAAAUCAACCUCUCACCCAUUGAAAAUGCCAUUGAAGCAGUUGAUGCUCGUUACGAGACAUUAAAUGCUGAAAUCAAAACUCAACAACCAAACUUUAAAACAUUACAACAGGUUAUUCAAGGGUCGGUCAGACUUCAAGUCAAUGCAGGACCACAAGAAAUUUGUAGAACUUUCUUUUCAGAGACUGCUGCUGGAAGAGAUAGUUAUUCUGUUGAACAUAUCCAACGUCUCAAACAAUCUCUGUCCAACUUUUUGGGUGCAUGUGCUGAAGCAUUACUAUUUAACAAGAGUAACGUAGAUGUCAAUACUCCAUCAUCCAUUGAAUUCCAAGAAGAGAUGGAACAAGGAUAUGCCCAACUACUAGUAGGUAUGGAGCAAUACCAAGUCACACCACCCGAAGGAUCAUAUCACCCACUCCUUGCUCAAUCCACUCUUAGCAACUCUUCAUCAUCCUCUUCGAUCAGUGCAUCGUUAAAUGACAGUAAAGAUGAUCCAUCAUCUGACAUUAACAAUAGUUCACCAGCCUCCUCCUAUGGAUUCCUCUCUGUUCCAAGUAGAAAAUCAAUCACUCAACGUCUAAGUAAUUCCUUUAAAAAAGGUAGUCAUCUAUCUGAUUCUUUACCAAAUGGUGCUGAAUCAAUUUAA